CAAGCAUGACACACCCACUUCCACCCCCUCCCACAUGCACCGUUGUCCAAGACAAGCGUCACCCGAGGUUUCCUCGAAAGCUACAUUCAUCGCUUGCGGCCAUGGUAACCUUCCGGGAGGGUAUCGCAAUAAAGCCAAAGUCAUCUCACGAGUAUGAAGCCUACUUCCAUGACAACUGGUGCAUCGGCUCAGUCCCGCACGGCGGAUACAUCACAUCAUGUUUUCUGCAAGUGGCAAAGUCACACUUCUCAAAGACGCUGUCAGGCCAAAACCAGCCGCACACGAUAACGCUGCACCUUGAGUUUGUGAGGCGGACCGAGGUCGGCCCCGCGACCUUCAAGGUCCGCGACGUCAAGGUCGGCCGGCUGACCUCGACCAUCCACGUCUCCCUGUUCCAGAACGGCCGCGAGGAGGUCAUAGGAUAUCUGACAAACUCCAACAUCCCCAGCGAGAACGGCCCCUCCUACGACACGCGGUGGCGCCUCGAACCGCCCCCGGUGCCUCUUAGCGGCAGCGGCAGUACCGCCUCGCUCGCCGCCGGAUCUGACCCUGGAUGGCGCGAGCAGAAGAACAUGCCCUUCGCCGACUUUAGGAAGGCGGCUCAGAACGUGCGCUUCUUCUUCCCCGCUCAGGGGCAGCCAGCCCCGGGAAUCGCGGAUCAGUGGAUGGCGUUUAGCAAUGGCGAGCGCUUCACCGAUGCCAGCCUCGGCCUGGUUGCCGACAUGUUCCCGCAGAUCCCCGAGUCGUUCAGGGCGCGGUCUGAUCCGUACGCCGUACGAGGUACAGACUCGUCAGCGGCGAGGAAGAAGGGCGCGGCAAAGUUCUGGUACCCGACAUUGCUGCUCAACCUGGACAUCAAGAAGGCGUUGCCGGAGGACGGAGUCGAGUGGCUGUUCGUCAGGACGAGGGCCAAGCAGAUUAGGAACGGCCGCUACGACCUCGAGGUGGUCGUCAUGGACGAACUUGGUGAUGUUGUGGCCCUGAGUCACCACGUGUGUAUGAUCCUUCCCGCAGCACGGAACCUUGCAGCGCGGAACACGGCGAACACGGAUGCGAAGUUAUGAAGAAGUGCCCUUGUAGGUGCUCAGAUUUUACAGGAUAGAGUAGAUUAAGACUACUCGGCGCCGGCCUGCUUACCCAGGUAGUUACAGCGACUCUGUUGCGAAACUUGUGCAAUGCCGAAUAACAUCAUUCUAGAGUA